AGAAGCUCUAGAUUAUAAGGAACAUUCAUAUUAAAUAUAAUCUGAUUACUCCAAAAAAAAUGUUUACGUAAUUUGAAUAUUCUGUUAAGUGUAGUGUGUUUUUUAAACAGGUCAUCAGAUGCUAAGGAUGAUGCGCUCGACGGACUGCUAAUGGAUAAAGUCAGCAACUUUAUUGGAAGCAGAACUGUGGAAAUUGCACUACCCAAAAUUACAGCAGAAGAUUUCGUGGGAACAGGACGCAAGGGAGGCGGUGGCGGAGGCGGCGGCGGUGGCGGUGGCGGCAAGGGGGGCAAAAUGAAGAACAUGAUGGGCGGCAUGAUGAUGGCUGUUGCAGCGAAAAUGGCCGCCUUGAUCCCCAUAGCAAUCGCCGGUCUCUUCCUGCUGGCAGGCAAAGCACUGAUCACAGCCAAGAUUGCCCUGCUGAUCUCAGGAAUCAUCGCCAUCAAGAAGUUGUUCGCAUCCAAGGGUCAAGGUGGCGGCGGUCAUGGUAGUAGCGGGCAUGGAGGCGGCUGGCAGAGCAGCGGAGGCGGUGGCGGUGGCGGCGGUGGCGGAUGGCAGUCCAGCGGAGGCGGUUGGGAUAAGAGGUCACUCAGUGAAGCACCAGCCCAAAACCUGGCAUACCAAGCAUACGCACCCAAGUGAGUCAAGAGCCAAGACUUUAUGAGCAGACAAUCUCUCAGAGGUGAUGGAGGUUGUAAUGUUCGAGAUUAACCUCAUAUUGUACAAACGUCCUUAGACCAAUUUUGUGGUCACAUGUAGUUAUAUUUAUGACUUACUCACCGCUACGGUCCAGAAUACCACAUAAUCAAAUUCUCAUCAACUCACUCACCUGUCAACCACAAACGUUUUUGAACUGCCUACACAUGCCAUUCAAGCCUAUUUCAAAGUUGUAUCUAACUACUCCGUUCCACAACACUCACGUUCGGCUUCAUCUUUAACUUUGACAUUCCUAGUCUACAAUUUUUAUUGACUUGCCUGUUCAUUGCAUCUUUAUUCGUGAUGUGAUUCAAACAUAAAAGGCUUGGAAAACUACUAGCAAGCAUAGCUGCUGAGUCAUCUUUUUUAUUUUCUGCAAUUCUACUGAAGAAGCUCUGACUUCAAAAGAGGUCUCUCAUCUUUCUAGAUCUACAAGACUAUGUAUAUAUACUAUCUUUCUCAAUGAGAGGCUGUAAUUCUUCCUAUUACUUUAUGAUAUUCUUAUAGUUGCAACAUAAGUAGUAUUUUCUACAUCUCUUAUAAGCUAUUUCCUUAUAGUGGAGCUUUAUUCCCUAGCGGCCAUUUAUUAACUUCCUACUUCAUUAUGAGUUCUGCUCAUCAACUCAUACAUACGUCCAUCAACAAAUCCCAUCUUACUCCUCAAAUUGCUUUAGCUUUUCAAUCUGGAAACCCGCACCUCUAUAUGCUUUGCUGUUCUAGAAAACUAUGGUAUUAUCAUACGCAUAAUGAUUUUAGUUGUUAAAUCAAUGCGAUGUAAACCUGGGAAAAGUAAGCCAGAAAAACAAAGCAACGGUAUAUUUGAAAUGGUAUUCCAAUUUGCCCCUUUGUAAUACAAUGCUUUCUUUAAUUUCCCAAAUAUGAGAGCCAGAAAAAUUUAAUUGUAUCUACGCCUGUUCUUAUAUAAAUGUGCUAAUGGCCCUACUUUACUGACCAUGACAAAUUGAAUCAGUCACGGUUUGGGAUCUGUGACCGUAGCCAACUUGGUACAUCCGACUGUAUAAUUUAUUCAAAAAUAUUUAUGUUUAUUUAUUUUGACUUGUGACGAAAACGUACUAUGUCUUCUUGUUUUUACCAGACAGUAUUUUUAAAUAAACGAAUGUUAAAAUACA